AUGAAGCUGCAAAUUAUUAUAUGUGCGUUGUUAAUCAACACUGUUUAUGGGCAAUGCCCGUGGUGGUGGUGCGAAGACCCGGGAGAUCCACCGCCAUUAGGGAGUUAUGGAGCUGAUGCGGACCAAGUGUCUGCCAGUGGUGUUUCAUCUGGAGGUUACAUGGCCAUCCAAAUGCACGUGGCCUACUCGGCAAGUGUCAUGGGUUCCGGUGUCCUUGCUGGAGGGCCUUACCACUGCGCGGAGGACACCGUGUCAAAGGCGAUAGGCGCCUGUAUGAAUAGCCCCGAAGAGAUAAUUGUACAAGACCUCAUUGAUUACACCGAUAGCAGCGCUUCAAAAGGCGACAUCGAUGCUACGUCUAACUUCGCAAGUGGCAAAACAUGGCUAUUCAGUGGAUCAAUGGAUAAUACUGUCGACCCAGGUGUAAUGGUGGCAUUGGAAGAUUAUUGUAAACACUAUAUGCCGACGUGGAACAUCGCGACAGAGUAUGGUAUCCCAGCAGGUCAUGCCAUGAUUACAGAACACUAUGGCAACAUAUGUGCAGCAGAGAAGUCUCCUUACAUCAACGAUUGUGAUUAUCCAGCAGCCUACGUUCUCAUGAACCACAUAUACGGAGGAAACCUAAGGAAACCUUCGUCAUAUGGGGGCGCUAUGCCGGGUGACAUGCUGGCAUUUGACCAGACAGAACUGGAGCCAACUUUUGUUGGUUCCACCAGCUUGGAUACUGUGGGUUAUAUUUACGUACCAACAGGAUGCAUAAGUACCCCGGGUUGUAAAUUACACAUUGCUAUUCACGGAUGCUUGCAGGGAAGGCACGCACUAGAUGAAGAGUAUGCCCUAAACACUGGAUAUAACGAAGUUGGCGAAGAGAAUGACAUUAUCAUCGUUUACCCUCAAGUCACUACUAGCUUAGGCAACGCUAACGGAUGUUGGGAUUGGUGGGGUUAUACCAACAGCAAUUAUGAUUUGAAAUCGGGCGUUCAGAUGGAGUUCAUGAAGAAUAUCAUUGACCGAGUUACCUCAUAA